AUGGUGAAGAGUGGAGGGGGGUUAUCACCUAAUUCCUGCAAUAGUAGUAAAAAAAAAACAACAAAGAAUACAACAACACCAGUGAAACUCCCAUUCAACAUCAUUACCAACCUGCCAUCCGUAUACCCUUCAAUUCCUCUUCAUCUUCCAUAUACAAUUCGCAGAAUAGAAGAUGAAGAAGUGAAUCGAGAAGCAGAAGCUGAGAGAUUGAAGGAUUACUUGGGGUUGAUUCUCGAAGCUUACAAUCGCAUAACGCCGUUAUUGCUUACAAACCCCCAGCGAACUACUCUUUUGCCAUACGUGCUCAUUCGUCCUGAACACAUCUUAGUGGCGCCAACGGAGCUUGUAGUUGCCAUUAUUGUCGUCACACACUACAAUUCACUGCCAUCGUCGAAACUCAAAGUGGAUAGAACAGAGAAAGAAAAAAUGAAGGGUUUGUUUUGUUGUUGGUUCAAAGCGAGAGGAAGAGCAGAGGAAGUAUGGUUUCGGUUGAGGAAAAGAUGGAGGAACUGA